GGAAAGGCCAGAUGAUCUGGAUGGAGUCCGUGCGGUGCAUGGCCUACGUGUGCUCCCCGAAGCUCCGCAGCCUGCAAGAGCUGGAGCAGCGCAGAAUGCACCUGUCGGACAUCGCGCCGCACGACACCACCAGGGAUCUCAUCCUCCUGAACCAGCAGCGCCUGGCUGAGAUCGAGCUGUCCAACCAGCUGGAGAGGAAGAAGGAGGAGCUGCGGGUCCUGUCCAGGCACCUGGCCAUUGAAAAGAAGAAAACCGAGACCCUGCUGUACGCCAUGCUGCCGGAACACGUGGCCAACCAGCUGAAGGACGGCAAAAAAGUCGCUGCAGGAGAAUUUAAAACUUGCACGAUUCUUUUCAGUGACGUGGUGACGUUCACCAACAUCUGUGCGGCCUGCCAGCCCAUCCAAAUCGUGACGAUGCUGAAUUCCAUGUACUCCAAGUUUGACAGGCUAACCAGCGUCCACGAGGUCUACAAGGUGGAGACCAUAGGAGAUGCUUACAUGGUGGUGGGGGGCGUCCCGGUGCCCGUUGGAAGCCACGCCCAGAGAGUGGCUAACUUUGCCUUGGGGAUGAGAAUUGCUGCAGCAGAAGUGAUGAAUCCGGUUACCGGAGAACCCAUCCAGGAAAACUGUGUAUUCAACGUGCCUUCUCGCAGGUUCAAGAGUUCUCAACCUGUGGCGGGAAACUGCCCCCAGCAGUAG